AUGCAUGCGGACUUCAUGAGGAAAUGCUCCAUAAGUAACCCUCCCCAGCCACUGCUGACUGAACCUGACAGCCAUCAGGAAUCAGCAGCUGGGCCCCCUUUACCACCCCCGGAUACGUCAAUGCGAGUCUGGCCUACACUAAGGACUUGAACUCUGGAACUCAUUUCCAAGAACUGAACCUCGCUCUUUCAAGGUCUGGGAUUCCUCAGCCUACCCGUCGAUCUCGACUUGGAUCCAGAUGUCAAACCCAUCCAUGCCCCCAUUCCAUGUGAACCCAUUUCAAAGCUGGAUGCAAUCAAAGCGGCCCUGGAUGCGUAUGAAACCACUGGCCAGCUAGUAAGGGUAUCUCAACCGAGAGCCAAAACCAAUCCCAACCAAACCGGGAAAAAUACGGAGCUGCUUAGAACCUUCUUAGACCCUCAAUAA